AUGAAACACAGUUAUAAGUUACUUCAAUCGGAUUCAACCCGACCCAGUUUUGAAUUUAACACGGGUUUUAUUAGUUCGCCACCAAGCGACGUCGUUUUAUUCGGAAAAGUAAUCAGUCGUAAAACUGAACCCGGUUCAGCAUCGCAGAAAAGACAAACCAAAGAAGAAAGCACUUCCGAUCGGAUUAAUGUCUUUGUUGCCGGUCUCCGGUCGCCGUCCGGUAGGUAUAACCUGUGGCGGAGAAGUAACAGUGAUAGGAAGAGUUACAGUGGAAUAUUUGGGACAGUGAAGUUUCCGUUACAAAUGGAACUGAGUGAUAUGAAGAUGAGGCAGGAACGGAGGGAGCCGAUGCCGUUUCCGAAGUUUACGUCGAAGGAUGACGGCGGAGAGAGUUACUGGGAACUUGUCCGGCCGUUACGGCGUCGUGGAUCGCUUAUGAGGACGUUGAUGUCGUCAUUUAGUUGCACUUCUAUUGCUUAG